AUUGGAAGUCGCAGAGGGACGGACGAAGGAGAGCUAUCGACACCCUCCCAUUCCCUUAUGAGACUGGAGACGAAUUCCAACAGAUCUCGGUGAGAAAUUCGGAAGCGCUCUCGUCUCCAGAUGGAUCGACUCCAGCCUCCAGUGGAAAACUAUGCCAACCCAAAGACGUGUUUUUUCCAUGUUCUCUUCAAGGCUGCAGCAUUGGCGUUCUAUAUACUCUCAGCUAUUUUCAUUGAUAGUUUUGUAAUCAUUUUCGUGGUUACCGUUCUUCUUGCUGCUCUUGAUUUUUGGGUUGUCAAGAAUGUCAGUGGACGGAUAUUGGUUGGGCUGAGAUGGUGGAAUGAGAUAAAUGAGCAAGGAGAGAGUGUGUGGAAGUUCGAAUGCUUGGAUCAAGAGUCUCUUGCUCGCAUGAAUAAGAAGGACUCGUGGCUCUUUUGGUGGACUCUUUAUCUCACGGCUGUUGCAUGGAUUUUCCUUGGGAUAUUCUCACUUCUAAGGUUUCAAGCAGAUUAUCUACUAGUUAUUGGAGUUUGUUUGAGCCUCAGCAUUGCAAACAUUGUUGGCUUCACAAAAUGCCGUAAAGAUGCCAAGAAACAGAUCCAGCAAUUUGCUUCUCAGACAAUUGCAUCACAUUUUAGUUCGACAAUACAAUCAGCUUUCAGCGUUGUGUGAGAUUACAUAGGAGUAAUAAAGGGCACAGUAUAAGAUUAUCAUAUUGAGAAAAUUCUUGUGUUUUGGUUACCGUGUAUUUUGAUUCAUGAUGUGUUCGUUCUAUGUAGGAUAUUAGCAUAGUGCAUACAAUAUGAAUGUAGAGGACCCUUCAACCCAGAGCAACGAAUCUUAAUUAGGCUGAUGUGCACGCCUUUUUCCGAGCAUCUUUGAUCUGACUUCUCACCUUGUACAAUAAAUGCAUAAGAUUUUUAAUCCCGUUUGAUGUCACUUAUUACAGUGAUCCAUUUGAUGUUUGUGAAUCCCCAAAUGACAUAUCUAUGGCAUGAACGCGUCUUGUGCUUCGAGUGGAA